GGACUGUACUCUUCCACCCUUUUCAACAUCACUCCCAUCAGCCUCCACACCGACACUGAUACAGACAACACAGAGUUUAACCUCCAGUUCAUCAUCCUCCCCUGAAACCAGCAAACAGCCUGAGACAUCAUCUGCAGGUUACUUCCUGGUUUUGGUCACAUGUGUACCUGUAGUGAUGGUGGUCGUCCUGUUGGUUGUUUUGCUGCUGCUCUACAGAAAAAAGAUAAAGGUCUCUCAUGGUUCAAACACGAGAGGAAAGUCAGACUGCACAGUGAUGGAGGGUGUCACCUAUGAGAACUGUCCUCCAGCCUCCACACAUCAGGACCCCAUCUACCUUAGUCUCGAUCCAGCCAGCAGGGAUCAUGACCAAACCUACUCUACACUCACACACACAUCAUAAAUGAUACUGUCUGAGAGUCAGAGUAAAUCUCUCAGCAUUUAAAACACACACACAGUGUGAAUGAAACUUCUUUUGCUAAUUUUAUGGUUGUUUUAAAGAUAGGUUCACAGUAUUGCAGUAAUGCUGUAAUAAUCCAUCCUGUUCAUUCUGGUUAUUAAAAGAUUCCUUCCUAAUGUAUUUCCAGUGUAAGUGAUGAACAAAAGUCUAACUUUAAUUCUGCUUUAAGUUGUUCCUAAGCUCAGUUUAAAUGUCAAAUUAUACAUAAACUCACCUGUCAUAGACUCUGAGCUUGAAGAAGUGAUUGGUGCAGAGGGAGGAGAGGUGAGUAGAGUGUGUGAUGUGUUUGGAGGAGGGACUCCUCAUUUUGAUGAAGAUUAUUUAGAGAAGUGAGAAGUUCCUGGUUUGUCAGUGAAGAAGGAAGAGAGGCAGCGUUAAACCAUCAGAGCCUCAGACAUGAAAGUCCAUCACACUCUGAUCUUCUUCUUUCUCACGCUGCAGGAGACUGAUCUCAUCAAUGCAGAAACCUUCAUUCGUACUGAACCUGAAGGAGGAAACAUGACAGUUGCAUGCAAUUUUAAACUCCCUGGAGGGAAGAAGAUCUUCUGUAAGAAUGAAUGUAAAGAGGACAAAGACAUUCUCAUUAAAACAGUAAAAGACAGAGCUCAGAGUGGCAGAUACAGCAUUGAAUAUAAAGAAGGAACUCUUCUAGUAUCUUCUACACUUCUGUAUGUGACCAUCACACAGCUGACCAAGUCUGACUCAGGACGGUACUGGUGUGGUUUGGAAAGAACUGGUUUUCUAGAUGGAUACGAUGAGAUUGACCUCAGAGUGACAGAUGCUCCAACCACUUCAAAACCAAACUUGACUGUUCAACCUUUUUCAACAUCACUUCCAUCAGCCUCCACAUCAACAACAUCAACAACAACAACAGUGACACAGAGUUUAAGCUCCAGUUCAGGAAGCUCCACACCCUCAUCAUCCUCCCCUGAAACCAACACGCAGCCUAAGACGUCACCUACAGGUCCAGGUGUGCUGCUGUAUGUGGGCCUGACUCUGCUUUUCAUGAUCAUCGUACUAUCAGUGGCUGUGCUCAUAUUCUGCAGGAAGAACGCCAGUAAACCCAAAGAGCCUCCUGCAGACACAGUGUACGCUAAUGUCACAGUGGCUAACCAGGCGAUGAGAGAGGACAGACGGGGCAGAUCUCCUCCUGUGGAAGUGUCUACGGUUUACAGUCAGGCCAAAUACACCAAAGCAAACAGAGCUGAAACCACAGACGACUACAGCCUGGUCGCUGCCACAGCGUCCAGUGCUGGGAACAAAGCCGAAGAUGACGCACUCACUUACUCUGAGGUGGAAUUUGUCAACGGUGCAGGCGCCUCGCACAACAGCGCCCCCUCUGGUAAUGCUGAGGCUGUCAUCUACUCUGAACCCCGGGUAGAAGGGAACGACGCUUCACCUCCUCUGUACUCUACCGUGACUUCUCAUUAGCAGUAGCUUCAACGAUGCCGCUGCUACACCUGCAGUCUCAGGGGUCAACAACACAAAAAUCUGUUAUUUAUUACAAGCCUAUGAGAAGUUAUGGCAGCCUCAUUUGUAAGUGCAGUCACAACAGUUAGCUUCAGGCUACAGCUACUUUCACUACUUUGACUUUAAGUGAAGCUUUCCAUAAUAUAUAUAUAUAUUUUAACUUAAAUUUUGUUUUCAUGUUAAAACAACCUAUUUUUGUUAAACCGUUACGUUGGUUAUAAUUUGGAGUUCACAAUGUCUGAAAGCAAGUUAUUUGUUAUCUUACUUCAGGUUAGUUAACUUAAUGGUAAAUUAUUGCAGUUGUAGGCAAUUGCUAAUUAAUUGUUCUUGGUAAAAAAAAAAAAAAAAAAAAAAAAAGUCAGGUGGUGUCAAAGAAACUGUUAUCCACUGUUUACAAAUGUUGUAAAGAAGUGCUAAAUAUACAGUUAUACACUUAUUGUAUGUAUAUAAGUUUUACAAUGCUAACAGUGAUUAUGAGACAUUUGUAUGCGCUGUAUAUAUUUUGUUACUUCAGUUUGAUACCAUAUUUAUGCUUUAUAGCAAAAACAAGCAUUUUCCUUUGUUAAAAGUUAAAGUUGUUUUUUUUUUUUUUUUUUAAUGGUAACAAAUAUCUAAGCCAACUGUAUCAGCAAAAGAUUCAUUACUUGAAACCUCAUUUAGGCUAACAGUGUUCACUAGUGGCAAAAACAAUUAAGAGUCAUAAAGAACCAUUUUUGACUCUGUGGCACAAAAAUCAGCAACAUUUGCAUGGAGGGUUCACAUUCACAUUUUCACAGAAACGUUAGUUAUUAUCAUUAAGCAUUACCUGGUGUCAUACUGCUUGAAUUUGUAUUAUUAUUAUUAUUAAUUAGGGUAUAUUAUAGCCUUGGUGAAAACUCUCGUUAGGGAAACUGUAGAAUGAACUGAUCCACCUCGUUUCCACACUGUUUUGUGUUUUUUUUGCACCUGUAAUUUCGUACAAUAAACGCAGUACACCCCCUAGUGUUCAAUGCAAGGUAAUGCAUGUCGUAAUGGAUGAGUAGAAAUGCCACAGCAGCCAUGGAGAAGAAGCUAAUUUGGUCUGUUUUUCACCGUUUUUGAUGUAUGUGUUCGAGUGGAUAUAAUUAAAAAUAAAAGAAUAAAAUAUCUAA